AUGAAAACAGUCAAUAUACUCCGCAUAACUCAAAAUAUCACACAAAUUAGAGGGCUUUUGAAGCCUCCUAGGAACUUACCUUAUCGUGGACUUUAUAGAACAGAAGGUGAAACUGUACGAAAAGAUGAUUUGUUAUUAUGCCAGGGAAGUUUUAAUUACCAUCCUGGUUUAAAUGUCAUUUACGAGAAUGAUCGUGGUGAGAAACUGUUGAAAGCUACUUGUGAUGGAGUUGUUAGAAUCACUACUGAAGAAAUACAGCCUGAUAUGUCUAUCCCCGAGAUGUCUGUUUAUGAACAUAAAAUAGAAUAUGGCGUGAGAAAGCUCACUUUUAACGUUAUACCUUUCCCGAUGUCUCAGAGUUUUGAAUUGAAAGCUGAAAUUUAA